UAAACGAAUUCCACAUAGGAUUUAAUGCUGUAAGAUAAAUUGGCCUGAUGCCAUCUAUUUUUUCAGUCACUCUGUAUUUUGAAUUUGAAAUACAAGGUAUUCCAUUCUCUCCAGUCCACACACCAUGGUGUCGUCAUUCUUGUUUUUCAUUGCUACCAAUACCUACCUACAGAAUCUGAAUUCAUAUGCAAUUAAGAUAUUGCUAUAAUACAUUCUUCCCUUCUUUAAGACUAUAUACAUAAUAUUAUAAUAUGUAUAGUUUUGUUUAUUUUUCAGUCUAGAAUAAAAUAUGUUCUAAAAAGUAAAAAGGUUUUUUCUCCUAGCUUAGAAUACUUGCCAAGUACCUGUUUAUUUACUAUAAACCAAUUGUAAGAAAAGCAUGUACACAUCCUUAUCCUGUAGUCUGUUGUAUGUACCUUACAUUCUUACACAUAAAAUAAUAACAGGUAAAAUAACCUGUUGCAUCGAGAGUUAAAGUGAAAGUAUGCGUAUGGCAUACAAAUCAUAGUACUGUAGUAGGAACAAUCGUUCAAUUUUUGAUCGUCAGUCAUUAACACACUGCACUAUGAACAAUAAGUCGGUUGUCGUAACAAUUUUCUUAGUGUCAAUACUGAUCAACUUUUCUGACAGCGUUGUGAAACGAUGUUUCAGCUGCCGUUCCCGUGGAGAUUUAGGAAGCUGUAAAGAUCGAUUUAAGUACACCAACCUCACGCAGAUCAGCUUAGAAUCCGGUAUUGGAGUGGAAGCUGUGCCUUGUGCUUCGGGAUGGUGUGGGAAAAUAAUUGAGACCCGAAAUUCUGAUGCCAAAGAACAAGAAUUCGAUACGGCAACACAAAGGACGUGUUUGCAGAGGGGACCUUCCGAUGGAGAAGAACGUUGCGAUGACACCAUGUGGGAGUAUAAAAAAGUUUUUAUGUGUUUUUGUCACGGCGAUCUCUGUAACAAUGCACCAACAGCUUCCAAAAGUUAUAACUUCUAUCUUAUUACAUUAACUGUUGGGAUCCCUUAUAUAAUUACUCAGUUGCUCAUUUGAUGGAAAUUUUAACAAUAAAUAAGCGAUUUUCAAAACUAACUUGUAAAAUGUAAAAAAGAAUAUUAUGUGUAAAUAUUGAUGAUUGUACCAAUACCAAUUUUUUAAAAAAUAAAUAAAAAAAAAGUAUUUAAA